UAGCAUGUGAGUUCUCUGCAGGAUCUGAUAGCAGAAAUAUAUUUCACAAUAGACGACAUUGCCUCUUGCAUCGGCAAGCACAAGAACAUAACCCGGGUAUCAUAUUCUCUUCAACACCAGAUGAAAUGCAUUAUAAAAACCAAAGAAUCGCUCGAACGCUUGAUACGAACGCAAAAUAAUCAAUCUCAUCCCACCUAAGCAUACGCGAUGGUCUUCUCGGACUCGAUGGGUUUCCAGUUACCCCUCUUGGCCUCCGCACUCUCUCUCCUGAGCUGUUGGCAUGAUCGAAUGAACAAGAUAAUAUGGAAAAUUGCAGAUACUAGGGCCAAGAUAGCAGCGACCAACGCCAAAGGUUUCUUGAGGAGUAAUUCUCCAACCACAGCGAUAGCUCCAAGGGAAAAGAGAACGAGGGCGGAGAGUCCAUCAAAAACAAAAUUGAUGACGUGGUGGUUUGUGCGUUUGCAGAUGAGAAGGAUUUCUUCCACCAACGACCAGAUUGCUACGCAGAUGAAAAAGAUAUAGAUGUCUAUGUUGGGAGUCACCACUGCAAUGAGGACGAUAGCAACGAUGUUGAAGAUGA